AUGGAACCUCAGAGUCCUUGGUUCCUGGUGAUUCUUUUUAUCCUGGGCUUGUGCAACGUAGCUGGAGGGGAAAAGCCAUCUGCAUGCCAGUGUUCAAGGAUAGAACCAAAGAACAGAGAGAAUUGUGGUUUCCCAGGAAUUUCUAGUGAAAAAUGCUUUGCUUCUGGAUGUUGUUUUGAUACUCAGGUCUUUGGAGUUCCCUGGUGUUUCACUCCUCUGCCAAAGGAAGAUUCUGAAGAGUGUAUCAUGGAAGUAAAGGCAAGAGUGAAUUGUGGGUAUCCAGGAAUUUCCUCAAAGACAUGCAAAGCCCGUGAGUGCUGCUUUGACAAUAAGAUCCCUGGAGUACCCUGGUGCUUCCAUCCUCUUCCUGUAAACG